AUGGCCGCGAUACCUACCUCACUCUUCCGCUGGGUCGUUCCUGCUGCCAUCGGCGCCAGCGUGGUGCAGAGCUCCCUCUACGACGUCAAAGGCGGAACCCGCGCCGUCAUCUUCGACCGUCUGUCCGGAGUCAAGGAAAACGUCGUCAACGAGGGCACACAUUUCUUGGUCCCAUGGCUGCAACGAGCAAUUGUCUUUGAUGUCAGGACGAGGCCCAGGAAUAUCAGCACAACGACGGGAUCCAAGGAUUUGCAGAUGGUCACACUUACACUGAGGGUGUUGCAUCGCCCGGAGGUCAAGCAGCUGCCUAAGAUCUACCAAAAUCUCGGUCUCGACUACGACGAGCGUGUUCUCCCCUCCAUCGGUAACGAAGUCCUCAAAGCCAUCGUUGCACAGUUCGAUGCCGCAGAACUCAUCACUCAGCGAGAGGCCGUCUCCAACCGCAUCCGGACCGAUCUGCUCAAGCGCGCCAACGAGUUCAACAUUGCCCUCGAAGACGUCUCCAUCACACACAUGACUUUCGGCAAAGAGUUCACCAAGGCCGUCGAAGAGAAGCAGAUCGCACAACAAGAAGCCGAGCGCGCGCGCUUCAUUGUAGAGAAGGCAGAGCAAGAGAGGCAAGCAAACGUUAUCAGGGCCGAGGGUGAAGCCGAGGCUGCCGACACAAUCUCAAAGGCAGUGGCAAAGAGUGGUGACGGUCUAGUGUUGAUUAGGCGCAUUGAGACCCAGAAGGAUAUUGCGCAGAUGCUGGCGAGGAACCCCAACGUCAGCUAUCUGCCUGGUGGUAACUCUGGUGGCAACGGUGGCGGUUCAAGUGGUGGUAGCUUCUUGUUGGGCUUGAGGUCAUGA